AUGAGCAGCUGGGAAACCAGCUCCGCCGGAGCCAUCGGUCCGAACCUGGCGGAGGCGGAGGAGGAGAGCCAGCUGACGAGUCCCUGGAGCCGCAGUUCGUGUCCUGCCGAGGAGGACGCCUCGCUCCUUCCUCCUGCCCGGUACGGCGAGCGUGGGCAGAUGCCCUGUGGGCAUCUCAGCCUUAGCAGGAUGGAUGCUUUGAAGCAGCUUGCCUUAACCAGAUCCAGCUCCUUGGGUGACUCCUCCAGGCCACAGAGGCACCUCGUUGCUAUACUGAAAGAAGAUAAAGAGACGUUCGGGUUUGAAAUCCAGACUAUUAGAUUUCCGCACCAAAAUGAUUACUCCCUGGAGGUGUGCACUUGCAUCUGCAAAAUUCAAGAAGAAAGUCCUGCCCAUCUCUCUGGCCUUCAAGCUGGCGAUAUCCUCGCCAGUAUCAACGGCGUGAACACCGAUGGCUUUAGUCACAAGCAAAUAGUAGAGCUGAUAAAGUCUGCAGGGAACUAUCUGAGGUAG